AUGGCGACCCUCACCAACGACCAGAUCAAAACCCUCGAGCAGUCGCGCCAGCGACUCGUCCAACUGACCCGCUCACUGGGCUCUCUAAUCGGAAGUCUGAACCAAAGCGAGCCCCUCCCACCCUGGUCCUCCCUCCAAACCCAAGCAAGCAUCAUCUCCAACAACCUCGUCAGCGUCUCCGAACUCCUCUCCGACAACCGCGACCUCCUCUCCACCCUAGUCGCCUACCCAGGCCCCGAAUACCCAGGCCGAACACAAUCCAACGCCCUUCAACAACUCCUCCGCACAAAGCUCGACCCGCGCGUCGAAGACUGGGUCGAGCGUGGCCGGGUGCAAGGCACCGAGCAGGCAAAUCUCUCUACGGCGAAUCCCAGCGUCCCCGCGCCGUCAGCGGAGAAGCUGUCUGAAGCCGAGCUCGCGAGCUUGUGGGAGUGGGCGCCGCUGGCGGCAAACGAGGAGGCGAGAAGACGGGAUUGGGGCGCGAAUUAUACGCUUGAGGAGCGGGAGAUGGGGAUUGAGAAUGUUGUUACGGGGUUGAAGAGGACGUUGGAGGAUGAAGAGGAGGGGGAUGAAGAGGAUGAGGAGGGGGAGGAGGGGGAGGAGGAGAUGGAGAUAGUCGGUGUUCAUCGGAAGUCUGGCGGUGGGAGUGGGGUUGAGUUUGAUAUUGCGCCUCAUCAUGCGCAUCCUGUGCAUCCAGUUGUGCCGUUGCCGGAUAUUUUGAGGUUUAUGACUACUGGGAAGAUGGUUUGA